CCCGGGACGCGGCCGUUGCUGGGAGACCGGCGGGGAACGGGGCCGGUACCGGGGAACGGGACCAGUACCGGGGAACGGGGCCGCCAUGGCAGGACCCCGUUUCGCCGCCCCCACGGCGGCCGAGGCCGAGCUGCUGCUGCUGCAGAAACAAGCGCUGGCUGAGGAGGAGGCAACCAAAACCAAGCGGGAGCUGCUCACUUGCUUCCUGCAGGAGAAAUUAUCCCGUGAGGAGCAGAGCAGCAAGUGUGGUCUCCACAAGGUCCACACGGCCUGGCGCUUGGCCCUGCGCAGGACCAAGGACCAGGAGCUGCGCCAGGACAUCGAGAUCCUCAGUCAGACCUUCGCGCGGGUCAUGGACUGCAAGGACGGCGUCAUCGAGGCGCUGGUGAGGGAGCUGGAGGAAGCAGAGGAGCAGCAGAACCGAGCCCUGCGCAGCCACCUGCACCUCACGGACCAACUGCUGCACCUCCAGCGCUGCCGCCUGGGCUACCUGGAGGAGGGGUUUAACGCCCAGGUGGGCGCCCUGAAGGCCGAGUUUGAGGCUGAGAGGAGGACAAUCCUGGAGCAGCAGGAGUGGGAAAGCUGCUGCCUGCGGGACAUGGCGCUGGCCACGGAGCAGGAUCACGCCAGGAGCGAGCACGAGGCGCUGCUGAACUUCCAGAGCGCCCGGGACGACAUCAAAAACAAGUGCUGGCAGGAGCAGCAGUACAGCCGCCUGCAGCUCGGGGCCAGGCUGGAGGGGCUGUGGGAGCAGAUCCAGAAAGCCCAGCAGAGCUACGCCCGGGCCACAGACAAGAAGAAGGUGGAGUUCGAGGGGCUGAAGAAGAAGUGUGAGAAGACUUCCUGGGAGAUUGAUGCGCAGGCGAAGAAGCUGCAGAACCUCCAGGACAUGGUCACAACCACCAGGGCCCAGAUCGCGGCUCACCUGCGGGAGAGCGAGGAGCAGUGCCAGCGCAUACGGGAGGACAAGGAACACGCUGUCCAAAAGCUCCAGAAGCUCCGGGCUCAGAGCAGCCAGGCCAGGGCCACGGCUCACGCCCACCUGGUCACGCUCACCUGCCAGUGCAGUGCCACCCUCAAGGCGCUGCAGCAGGUGGUGGAGAAGGCCCAGCGCAUCCUGCGCCUGGCCGAGAUGUGCCGCAGGCUGGAGACAGAGGAGGAGAAGGUGCUGCCCUUCUACCCCUCCUCGCUGGCCGAGUGUGAGCAGCAGAAUGCCCGCAGGGUCCUGGAGCAGAGCCCCAGCGAGCCCCUGGCACUGGCCUUGCAGGACUACGUGGGGCUGGAGAGGUUCUGGCAGCGGUUCAACAAGGCGAAGCUGGAGGAGAAGGCGCUGGAGCAGGUGCGGGCCGCCCUGGCAAACAGGAACCAGAACCUGCGUGAGCAGCUCCAGCGGUACCUGGCAGGGGUUACAAUCAACCAGAAGGUGCUUUGAGACCCUCACCCCCUCCUCACCGCCAGGCAAAAGCUGCACCCCCAAAAAUGAGCCCCGCACGGUCGGGGAGCCACGCUCAGGGACGUUGGGCAUGGUGAACCCCAAGAGCCUCUGGGGAGGGGUCAAACACCAGGACCCCCUUCCUGGCUCCACCAGCUGCAGCUGAAGCUCCCUGGCAGAGCAGGGACCUGCCUGGCGUUUGGGGACUCCAGGGACUGCCACUACUUGGAUAUGCCUUAAAAGAGCAAA